AUGGGUACAUGUGCAUCUGGUCCUUCCACCACCGGAGGUGGAAAAUUUAUGGGCAACUGGUCAACAACCGUUAAGGUGAUCCACUCUGAUCAUGGGAAGCUGCAAGAAUUCCAACGACCAAUCAAAGCAAAGCACGUCCUAUCUGACCACCCUACCACCUUUCUAUGCAGCAGCGACAACAUGUUUAUUAACUGCCAUGUACCUCACAUGCCUGGUGAUGAGGAGCUCCAGAUGGGUCAAAUCUAUUUUUUCAUGCCACUUACGCGAUCAAACUACCCCCUUUCAUUGCAAGAGCUAUGUUCAUUAGCAAUUAAAGGCGGUUCAGCGCUUAAAACAGAGGCUUUAUGA